GGGCUAGGGCUAAGCCCGCCCCCACCCCAGGCCAUACCCCACCCCCACGCUUACGUGGCGCAGACGCACGGACAUGCUGUGGGUGGUGGGCGUCCGCAGGGACACGUUGAGCACGAUGACGCAAUUCAUGACAAUGAGUGUGGCGACAAUCAUGACGAAAAUAAGGAACCUGAGGAGACCGGAAUGAGUGAGGUCACCGCUCCCCCACCCAGCUACGGAAGGUGCCGCGCACCCUCUGACCUCACAAACACGCCUCUGACCUCACAAACACGUGGUUACGCCCUCCAGUUGCGCCCCCUCAGCAACUACAGACGCAUCGCCCAGCCCUUCUCCCUUCCUACCACCUGUGGCGGCCAUGAAGGGGACCCCCAGCUCCCUGGACACCCUCAUGUGGGUCUACCACUUCCACAGCUCCACCGAGGUGGCCCUCCAGCCCCCGCUUCUGUCUUCCCUGGAACUCUCCGUGGCCGCAGCCCAUGAGUAUCUGGAGCAGAGGUUCAGAGCGCUGAAGUCCCUGGAGCCACGGGAGCCAAAGGUGCAGGAGAUGUCACCUGCCCCAAAGCCCACACUGGGGCUGGUGUUAAGAGAAGCCGCGGCCAGCCUCGUCAGCUUCGGCGCCACCUUGUUAGAGGUGGGGUCCGGGGGGCUGAGGAUACACAGCGAUCGGGCAGCUGCAGCAAGGACCUCUACCUUCCCCCUAACCCUUGGGUCCCCAAUGCAGAUCUCAGCCCUGUGGCUGCAGCAGGAGGCACGGCGACUAGAGGGCGGCGACAGCAGCACGGGCCCAGCCCUAGACAUCGGGGAUCCGAGUGCAGCGCUGGCCCAAGUAGCCCAGGCCGCUGGGCAGGGGGCUCGGCAAGCUGGGGCUGCAGUGGGCACCGGCACACGGCUCCUCGUCCAGGGAGCAUGGCUAUGCCUAUGUGGACGGGGUCUGGAGGGGUCUGCCUCAUUCCUGCGACAGUGGCAACAGCAGCUGGGCCUCGGAAUCCCCAGAGAACCGGUGAGCUCGGGAUGCCGGGUGAGUUGGGGGUCAGAGGAGGCGGGGCUGGGAAGGUACUGAGCCGGACCAUCUCCCUACAGAGAUACUCAGGAGACCUCCAGGUGAUGUCCAGCAGCAGUGCGGAGGACGGCGGACCAGAGAAUCCAUCCCGGUCCCGGCCCCAUGCCACGUCCAAAUAAAGCCCAGGAGGGGGCGAGACAGCCAGAGCUUCUCCCGGGGUCUCAGGGUUUUGCCACGCCCC